GCAUCUUCUCCACUCCCGGCCGCAAUGGAGAAGACCACACCAAGGCUGUCAUCGCCACCACCUCCGCAGCGGCCGUUCACCAGGAGCUCGACGUCGCCGCCGCCACCGCGGAGGCCGUCCACCACGAGGUUGCCGACUCCUCUGUCCUCACCGUCUCCUCCGUCCAUGAGAUCCCCAUCUCCUACGUCCAGGUCCAGCAAGAGGAAAAUGGGAGAUAUUUGGCAAGUACUUAUUGAUUUCUCAGGGGCCCCCAAGGACCAGAGUCGUGCCAUAUUGGACAUUGACCGUGCUAGAGUCACCUUUGCCAACUUAUUAAAGUUCAAAGUUAAGAUGGGUUAUUCUUCGAGGGACUUCAUGUACUAUUUCAAGAGAUGUGGGAACGAUAGUGCUUUGCUGCUGCCUAUAAAUUACGAAGAAGAUGCAUUAGCAAUGAUAGAAGAUUGUUUAGAAGAAAAGAUAGUUAGGUUAGCAGUUUCAACAACUCAGCAAGAUCGAGAAGGACAAUAUUCAAUUACACCCAUUAAGCAACGUAGUACACAUGAGAAAGUUAGUGGAAAUGGAAUUCAGGAUAAAAACAUUGAUGCAUACAAGGUGUGGCUUCAGAAGCUGCCACAGGAUGAAAACAAUCCAGAAUUUAAGGAUGACACCCGGCUGAAUACUGUUGCAACAUAUAGAGAACGGUUGAGGCAGGAAGGGCUUCUUCAAGAUAUUCAUGCAUUUUUAGAUGAUGAAACCAUUGAAGAAGAUGGAAGUGGUGACAACAGCGUAACACCAAUGCAGUUUCCAUCUCAUGCUCGCAGGCCAAAGGCCUCUCAGAAAGGGGUUGGCGACAAGAGAAAGAUUGGGCGUGGAACCGUUAAAGGUUUAUCGGUCGAUGCUAAGAGAUUUAAACUUGGUAGUCAUAAACUUAGUAUAGAUUUCUCAUCCACGCAAGGCGGCCCUAUAGGAGAAAACUAUCGCGCGUUUAUUGAUGAAAUAGUAAAGUUUACAAGGAAAAGGACUCCACUUAUUGGAGUUCAAAAGUGGGGAGAUGUAGAUCAGAAUGUUAAAGAUAAAAUAGCACGAGAUAUAAUUGUUAGGUGGAACAUUGAAAAUAAUGAUGUUGAGAAGGCUAGGAUAUGGAAGAUUGCAAAGGAACGUUACAGAGGAUGGCGAGCUCAAUUGAGUUCCACAUACAAGGCAUACAAUAGUUACCAUCAAAGAAUGAGACAUAAGCCAGAAGAUUUGGACAUUGUCGAGUGGCACUACUUGGUGUUAUAUUUUGGAAGUGACAAAUUUCAGCGAAUAAGCAACACAAACUCUAGCAAUUCUCAGCAUCGACAGACACUACAUCUUACAGAAUCAAAACCUUUUUCACAAGUUAGUUAUGAGCAGAGAAACCUAGAGACUGGUGAUGAGCCAGAUGAUUUGGCACUUUGGAGGAGUACACGCAGCAAGGAAGGUCGAUGGUCUUCUGAUGCUGCUAAGGAAAUAUAUGAAAGCACCUUCUCCAAAAUUGUAGAGAGAAUUGAGUUGGACGCUUCUGUGAUUUCAAAGGAACAAGAAAGGCACAUUCUUCGUGAAACCUACAAGGAAACAACUGGAUGCAAGAGCAGGAAAGGUCCUGGACAUGGAUACUUGGCAAAGUAUCCGACCCGAAGCCAACUGAUGAAUGAACGAAUUGAAGAGCAAGCUCGUGCACCUGCAUUAGCAGCAGCAGCCCAAUAGAAGAAUACUGAGAUGCAAGCUGAGGUACAUAAGUUAAAAGAACAGCUUUCCGUUGAAGCCGCAGAGAGGGAGAAAGACAAGGAAAAAAUUCAACAGCUAGAACAACAACUGGAGAGUACAGGCAACAAGAUUAGAGAAGAACUAAGGCAAGAGUUUUUUUUUGCUAAUCAAACAACACAAUCAAGCACCGCCUUUGAAUGCUGCACCAACCACUACAGCCGCUCAGCCUGAAGAAACAGCCCCUCAGCCUGAAGAAAUAGCCCCUCAGCCUAAAGAAUUCACUACCAGUACUACUACUAGUAUUUAUAAUAAAGUUGGUGAAAAUGAAGUUGCAGAUUUGGGGUAUUAUCUUUUGAUAAAUGGAACCUGCAAUGUAAUGGAUACAUACAUUUAAUCUUGAGGUCAUGUGUGCAUCUUUUUUUUUCAAUAUGAAGGCUGGUACAGAAACUACCCUGGCCACACAUAAUGAACCUUCUAAUGGACCUACUGUUGUUCCCACCCCCAGCCAAGGACCAGAACAUGUGCAACAGACCGAAGCAGUCUCAGUGUAUUAUUGACCAAACAAAUGAGAAUCCCACCAUGUCGCCUAACUCGCAGCAAUGGCAACAUAUCACUUUUCACAAAUGACAAAGGCAGUAGUGAGUCAGUGAGAUUUAUUACAUCACAAACAUUGAGGAAUAGUGCUGCAAAUAAAAAGCGAGAUACAAGAAAGAAAGGAGGAAAGGACAAUCAACCUUGAGGGAGUCUUGGCAAGCUGAAUUGAAUCAAAUAUUGUGCAACGAGAAAGAUGUCAUGUUCACCUAUGCUAAGAGACAUGUAUUUUUGUUUAUGAUUGCCUUUUUCUAACAUAAGUUAGUGGUUUGUAAUGCAGUUUGAACUUUGCAAUUAUCUUCUUUGAAGUAGGAAGGCCUUUGACUUCCUUAUAUUGUACAAACUAUUGAAUGAUGAUGAUCCAAGUUAUUAAUA